CAUCUCUAUCUCAUCAAUCUUGAGCCUUUACAGAUGUUUUCUUGUAAGGUUCCUUGUUUUGAGUUGUUGCUUUAGCAAAUUGUUAGAUUCAUCAUUUCAAAUUGUUUUCCUUUUAAGAAAUAUCCAUAGAUCUACUGCUUCUUCUAAUUUGUUGUGCCUAAGUUGGUUAUCAGUGUCCACUUUUCCUCAAUAUCUUGUGGUUUUUUAGGAACAAUUAUUAGUUUUGCAAAAUUAGGACUACCCUUCCCGCCUUGAAAUCAAACUAAGAUUAUGUGGUAUGGUAGGCAAGUUUCAUCUGGCAAGAAAAUUGCUGUUAUUUUCUAGGCUUUGUGGGUUUCUCUGUAAUUCUAUCUCAUGUAUCAAAAACCCUUGAAGUGUCAAAAUAUUAGAACCAGCUCUAGUUGAUUAAGCUAAGAAAAAGGAAGAAGACGAAGCACUUCCCAAGUUGAGCAUUCUAGUUAACUUCCUCGUCUAUACUCGAGUAAUAGUUCAAGGAACUUGCCUAAUGGAUCUUGCAGGGCCAAUCAUUGAAAUGCUGAAUUGCCUAAUGCCUCCAGUAUGCAGGCAUUUGGAACAUCAUAGAAACCUUCAACAAAAUAUGGAAGAAAUAAGGAGGAGAUUGGGAGAUCUAAACAGCCUAAAGGAAGAUAUAGAAUCAAGAAAACAGACUGCAGAGUCUAGCUCAACAAAAGCAGUGAGAAGAGAAGUGGAGCGCUGGCUUGUGAAUGUACAAACCAUCAACAAUGAAAUUCAAAUUGUUGAACAAAAGUUUCAAAAUGUUUCUUGCCUCUGUCGUGGCUCCCUUGGAAAACAUGUUCAGAAGAAGAUUGAAGAAGUAAAUAAACUUCUUCAAGUAGGAAGCUUCCCUGAAGACAUUGUCAUUGAUAAACCUCCAGGCAGUGGAAUGACAUUGCCAACAGAGGAUGCAAAAGGUCGAUCCAAUGUGAAGGAACAAAUCAGGGAAUACUUGAUGGGUAAUGAUGUUGGAAUAAUUGGAGUUUGGGGUCCUGGAGGAAUUGGGAAAACAACUGUUAUGAAGAACAUCCACAACGACUUGUUAAAUGAGUCAAAGUUUAAUAAAGUGAUUUGGGCCACUGUACCAUAUCCAGUCAGUGUUGUUAAUUUGCAAGAUAACAUUGCUAGUAACAUUAAAGAUAAACUUCCAGAAAAUGUGACUGAGGAGCAGCGUGCAGCUACAUUAUCAGACAUUUUGAGCAGAGUGAGAUUUGUCUUGAUUUUGGAUGAUGCCUGGGGAACGUUUUCUUUUGAGGAUGUUGGAAUCCCUAAACCAACACAGCAAAAUGGGUGCAAAGUAGUUGUUACAAGCAGAUCGGUUGAGCUGUGCAAUUAUAUUGGUUGUGAGCAAGUUAUUAGGAUGCAACAACUUCCAGAGCAAGAAUCUUGGAACUUAUUCCUGGAUACGGUGGGACAUGAUGUCCUAAAAAUUCCUAAUUUAGAAGAAACUGUGAAGCUUGUGGUGGCAGAGUGUGCAGGUUUACCUCUAGCUAUCGUUGUAAUAGCUAGGAGCAUGAGGGGAGCAAAUGACAUUUCUGCAUGGAAAUAUGCUCUGUUUGAAUUAAAGAGCCGUGUAAAGAGGGUGAAAGGUUGGGAUGAUAAAAUAUUUGAACGGUUGAAAUUUAGUUAUGACCGUUUGAAUGAUGCAGAACUUCAGAAUUGUUUCCUUCAUUGUUCCCUGUAUCCUAAAGAUGGGACCAUUUGGAGGUCUGAUUUAAUAGAAGGUUGGAUUGACAAUGCGCUGAUUGAACAAUUAGAGACUAGAAAAUUGAUGCGUGACAGGGCCAAUGUUAUUUUAGAUAGUCUCAUAAAUAAAUGCUUGAUAGAGAGAGUGGAGCAUUACUCAGAUUAUGGUAUGAGGAUGCAUGAUGUGAUGAGAGAUAUGGCAUUGCAAGUUGCUGGCCCUAGAUUUAUGGCAAAAGCUGGUUUGCAGCUAACAGAGGCACCAGAAGCAAAUGAAUGGACGGAAGACCUUGAGAAAGUUUGGCUCAGAGCAAAUAGAAUAACAGAUUUUGCUUCUAGUAUGUCUCUAAACUGUCCAAAACUCUCAGGCUUGGACUUGUCGUGGAACUAUUAUUUGAGGCAGAUUCCAGAUUCCUUUUUUGUGCACAUGAUUGGCCUCAAGUUUCUAACUCUCUCUUGGACUGCUAUUGAAGCUUUACCUGAUUCCAUUUCCAUCUUAGAAAAUCUCACUGUAUUACGGCUUAAUUAUUGUCAGGAAUUAAGAUACAUGCCUCCAUUAGUAAAGUUGAAGGCAUUGAAGAAGUUGGAUCUAAAUGGGGCAGGGAUUGUGGAGUUCCCUCAAGGCAUGGAAACGUUGGUGAAUCUCCAACAUCUUAAUCUAAAGUGUCCAUAUCUGGAGGAUCUACCAAUGGAAAUACUCUGUAACCUCACUCAUCUCCAGUUUCUUGCAGUGGCUUUGAAACCUACUAGUUUUGUAAUGAAAGCAGAGAAGGUGAUUAGGCUGAAGGUGUCGGAGACUUUUAUAGGUCAAUUUGAUGACCUACAAGUCUUUAACAAUUUUGUAAAGUCUUUACAUGGGGAUCAAAAGUUCACUAGGUACUGGCUUAGGGUGGGAUUUAUAGAUGAUACGUUUGCUUUUGAUGGGAGGAUGACAUUAGAUGGAUUUGAAAUGGGAAGAGAUUACUCUGAAUUGCAUUACUCUGAAUUGCUCGCAGGUGUGGAGUGCACAAAGAUUAUUGCUUUAGGUGGUGUGGAAAUUAGAAGAGAUUAUUCUGUAUUGCUUCUAAAUGAUGUUCAACUUUUGAAGAUUACAAGGUGCAGUGAUGUGAAAAUCUUAAGUGAGACUUCUUUGUUCAAUACAGCAACAGAUUUAAGAUAUUGUGAGAUCGAUGGUUGUGAAGGGUUAGAGUGCAUACUUGACUUAUUCUCAUCAUCCUCAGUCUGCAGCUCAUUUGAUAAGCUUGAAAUUCUAUGGCUCGAUAAUUUGCGUAACUUGCAAGUACUUGUGAAAGUGGAAGCUCAAGCAACAUCGGCUCCCUCGACAUCACGGGCACCAAGACCAACACCUUCUUCCAUAUUUUCCAACCUUAAAUUUUUUAAAAUAAGAAGCUGUCCAAGAAUCAAGAAGCUGUUUCCAUUUGAGCUGCUGAAAGGUCUCCAAAACUUGGAGGAGAUUGAUGUUGAAGAUUGCCAAAGAGUGGAGGAAAUAAUAGAAGCGGAAGACGAGAAAAAAACUAUCACAACAGUGGGAAACAAUGAAACCAUCAGAUUAGGUCUUCCGAAAUUAAGAAAGUUGAGUUUAAAGCAAUUACCAAAAUUGAAGAGCAUCUGUACUACAAGAGGAGUAAUGGUUUGUGAUUCUCUUCAAAGUAUUGAAAUAUAUGGCUGUCCUAUGCUAAAUAGGAUCCCUUUAUAUCUGUCCCUGCUUCCCAACGGUGAGCUCUCUCUGCCUUCUUCACUUCAAGAAAUCUGCAUAGAGUCUGAAGAAUGGUGGGAAUCGCUGUUAUGGUACAAUCCUUCUGCUAAGGAUAUCUUCCUUCCCUUCUUGAAGCUUUGUGAACAUCGUGACUUCCUUCGCAAGGAAUUUCAUGACCUAGAAGACUUCAACAAUUAUGUCGAGUCUUUUCAAGGUCAAAAGCUUACUAGCUAUGAGCUUAGUGUGGAAGCAACUGAGCUUAGUGUGGAAGCAACUGAUGACGAUGACAACGUGGAUCUUUCUGUUGCUGAUUUUGACUCUUAUUUUUAUACCGAUGGUGAUGAUUGCUCUAAGGCGUUAAUUUUGGGGGGAAUGGAAAUUAAUGAUGAUUAUCCCGUACUGCUUCCUGAUGACCUUCAGCUUUUGAUCAUUAAGCGCUGCGGCUUGAAAAGCUUAAACGAUGCUUUUGCAUUUAAAGCAUUAACAGACUUAAGAUCAUGUACAUUGUGUACAACAACACAGCCUUCCAUCUUUUCCAAUCUUAAGAAUCUGUCAAUAUACAAAUGUCCAAGAAUCAAGAAGUUGUUUACAUCUGAGUUGUUGAAGGGUCUCCAGAACUUGAAGAGUAUUUAUGUUACUGGCUGCGCAAAAAUGGAGGAAAUAAUAGAAGUGGAAGAAGAGAAAGAAACUCUCGUGACAGAUGGAGAAAAUGAAACAAUUACUUUCAUUCUUCCCAAAUUAAGGAAAUUACUAUUGGAGGGCUUACCAAAACUGAAGAGCAUCUGUACUGCAAGAGGACUAAUGGUGUGUGAUUCUCUAGAAAUAAUUGGCAUGGUUGAAUGUCCAAAGCUAAAGAGGAUCCCUCUAUACCUGCCCCUGCUUCCCGAUGGAGAGGUCUGUUCUCCUCCUUCACUCAGAAAAAUCUGCACAAAGUCAAAAGAAUGGUGGGAAUCACUGGUGUGGGACAACCCUUCCACUAAGGGUAUCCUCCUUCCAUUCCUAAAUAUAAAAGAGGAUUGGCCUUCCACGUUAGAGCAAUUAACAGACGCUUCUGAAACUGAAGAUGAAUAAUCUAGCCUCCACAAGAGUUCUUACAUUGUGGAAGCAAAAUUUCUUGAGUAGAGGAGCAGAGCAAAAGCAAAUGGGAUUCGUCUCAUGUGGUUUGAAUUGUGAUGAUAUUGUUAUCUUCAUUUCAUCUGACAUUAGCCCACUUGAACUUCGAUUAAUGCUUGUUUUCUUGUAUAAUCAGUACUUUGUUGAUGUUGCCCUAGCAAUGUCCAUUCAAAUGAUUUCUAUUGAUGACAGUUUGCUUGAUGAGUAACUCUGUUAAAGACAGCUUAAUUUCUUGUAUCGUGUUGUGUAAUGAACAAUGACACUGUUC